AUGUCUCGUCAAGUCAUCUCCAAGCCGACCAUGGGUCCGGCUCGCCGCACCCGCGCUCACAGUCAGACUCUCAUAAACAGUGCCGGUGCCGCCGCUGCCGUCAGCAAGAUGACUGGCACUGCGAUUCCUAACAUGAAGGGAUCGAACACCUCGCCCACUGAGCCCCAGGCUGAGAAGAUCAAGAAGGUCGAGAAGGCCAAGCAGAUUGCGAAGGGCAAGAAGGUCCAGAAGCCGAAGCCUCGCUUCGACACCUUCCACCCGUUUCCCCGUCUCCCCAAUGAGAUCAAGGCCAUGAUUCUGUGCGAGUACAUCGACUUCGAGCCUGCCAUCAUCUACGCUAGCUGCGAGGCGAACAAGAACGUCCCGGGCCUCAUCGACGUCAAGACUGGCAAGGACGGUAGACAUUCAAAGUACAAGUGCAUCGCCGAGCUCACCAAGGGCAUUCCCGACUUUAAAGCCUACAUCGAGCGCCAGAUUGGUGUCUCAUUCCACGACUUGUCCUACCGCCCCAAGGAAGGCGUCCGCAAGGAUAAGGAUCUCAUGGUCCUCAUCUUCAAUAAGAAAUGGAGCACCCACCUGAGCUGGUACAGUUCUUCCCGGCGGAUUCUCAAUCGCGAGCGGUUUGUUCCUGAUAUCGAGAACAUUGGUGUCAUGUACGAUCCGAGCCGCCUUCGCGGCAUGGAGAGGGUCGAUGGACAUAAAUCUUGCCCUUGCUCCAUUACUGAUCUCGGCAUGAUGAUCAUGAACCUUCGUGACAUCAGAAACUUCUACAUUCUCGUCAAGCUGCGCGGCCGCAGUCAGUCUGAGCAGAAGCAGUGGAUGAAGAAGCGGCUUCGCAUUGCGAAGCGUCCCAACAAAGAUCUCGUAGUCUUCGAGGACAAGCAGAGAACUUGGGUGGAGAUCACUCGGUCCACCGCUAGACAUCAGGGAGAUGGUUCUCUUCUGAGAGAUGUAGCCAAUUUCGUCAGGCAAGUCGAGCGUCUCUACCGUUCAAUUUGCACCAUGUGUAGUGGACCUCCUAACGUCCGAUUCCGCAUCCUGGUGGCGUCACAUUUUCUGAACAAGACCCUGGGAAUUUGA